GACGAGAAUCAGCCGCUAUUUAAGCCGUAAACUCCAAACUGUAACCACCACUUAAAAAAGAGACUAGAGAGCUAGCUAAGAGUACUUCUUCUUCUACUCUCUGACACAGACAACGGCCUGGCUUUUGAGGCUUGAGAGAGAGAGACAGAGACAGAGUGCUUACCGGCGAAAUUAGUCUUUUAACUCAUUUCCGGCCAAAAUGAUAGCAUACCUGGAGUGUUUCGUUCACGAAAACGACACCGAAUCGAGGCCGGACGACGACGUUUCCAGCCUCUUCAAGGCUCUGGACCUCCAAGGCAGUAUGGGGCCCACCGACGAGGCCUCCAGAGAUUUCGGCGGCAUGAAUUCCCUCGCGCCGCUCUUUUUCAUCCGCCCCUCAGCCGCCGAUGACGUGGCGAGCGACCAUUUCCGAGUGGUAAGAGCGAACAAUGGCUCCGUCUACGCCGACGUGUCCGGAGGGGCAUUAUGGGAAGAUGUGCUGAAACGGUGCGUUUUCGAGUACGGGAUGGCCCCGAGGUCCUGGACUGAUUACCUCAGCUUGACGGUGGGCGGGACGUUAUCCAACGCCGGCGUCAGCGGUCAGGCUUUCCGUUACGGUCCACAAACUUCAAACGUAACGGAGCUACAAGUCGUUACGGGGAAAGGCGAAAUUUUCAAUUGCUCCGAAACCGAAAACUCGGAGCUCUUUUUCGGAGCGCUUGGCGGACUCGGACAGUUCGGUAUCAUCACCCGAGCUAGGGUUUUGCUCCAACCAGCCCCGGACAUGGUGAGAUGGAUAAGGCUGGUGUACACCGAGUUUGAGGACUUCACUCGGGACGCCGAGUUGCUGGUGACUCGGCAGGACGAGGACUACUCGUUUGAUUACGUGGAAGGCUUUGCCUUCGUCAACAGCGACAACCCGGCAGAUGGGCGGCCCUCCGUGCCGUUGGAUCCGGACCAGUUCUUCGACCCGACCCAUCUCCCACAAACCGCCGGAUCAAUGCUCUACUGUCUCGAACUGGCUCGACACUACCGCAAUACAGACGACCCCUCAAUUGUUGAUAUGGGCGUGAACAGAUUGCUUGGAGGCCUCGGAUUCGUUGAGCGAUUGAAGUUCCAAGUGGACCUCAGCUACCUCGACUUCUUAUUGCGUGUGAAGCGUGCAGAGGAACACGCCAAGGCCAACGGGAUAUGGGACGCGCCACAUCCUUGGCUGAACCUGUUCGUCUCGAAAUCUGAUAUCGCUGAUUUUGAUCGGACGGUCAUCAAGAAGAUCCUCAAGGAUGGGAUUGGUGGGCCCAUGCUCGUCUACCCUCUGCUGCGAAGCAAGUGGGAUACGCGUACAUCAGUGGCACUACCAGAAAGUGAAAUUUUCUACAUAGUGGCUUUGUUACGUUUCACUCCACCAUACCCACAAGGUCCCUCGUUCGGGAAUCUGGUGGCCCAAAACAAGGAAAUUAUACAAUAUUGCACCAAAAAGGGGUUUGAUUUCAAGUUGUAUCUGCCUCACUAUCGAUCGCAGGAUGAUUGGAAGUGGCAUUUUGGAAAUGAUCGAUGGUCGAGAUUCGUGGAGCGGAAGACUUGCUUUGAUCCAAUGGCCAUCCUUGCUCCUGGACAGAAAAUUUUCCCUAGGGUUUCUCAACCCUAAUAGUAGAAUAAAUAAUGCAAUGUAAUUGUUUGUGUUGGCAUCUAUUUUCUCUGAAUUUAGUUUCUGCUGGUGGGUCAGUCUCAGUACCAUUGUUAUCAAAAUCGACAUUCGACAAAGAAUGUGUUGGAGCAAUUAAUGUAAAGAAAUAGUUUGAGCAAGAAAUUUUGGAUCGUUUUCA